AUGAAAUUCUUAGCCUUAGUAUCUGGAGGAAAGGAUUCAAUUUUCAAUGUCAUCCGAUGCAUUCAAGAAGGCCAUGAGUUAGUUUUAUUAGUCAAUCUUUACCCUAAAAGUAAAAUCAAUAAUAUACAAUUUAGAUAUUGGCAAGGAGGCUGAUAGCUUUAUGUACCAAAGUGUUGGAACCAACAUAAUAGAUGCUAUAUCUUUAGCUAUUGAUAAGCCAAUAUUGAAGAGAGAGAUUCUAGGGAAGCCAAAAGUCACAAACUUAGAUUAUCAAAGUAAUUAAGAAGAAAGGGAGGGAGACGAAGUAGAAGACUUAUUUGAGGUAUUGAAAGAAGCAUUGACCUUGUAUCCAGAUAUUAAGGGUGUUAGUUCAGGAGCCAUAGCUUCAACUUAUUAAAAGUUAAGAGUGGAAGAUUGGUAUCUUUUUUUAUUUAAAUCAAAUAGUUGUUAAAGGUUGGGUUUGAUCUCUUUGGCCUAUUUGUGGAAUCAGGACCAGUUUAAUUUAUUAGGUUAGAUGUUGUAGAACAAUAUGAACAUAAUAUUGAUAAAGGUAGCUGCCAUUGGUUUGUCAGAACAGCAUUUAGGAAAAUCUAUCUAGGAAGUGUAUGAACAUUUUAAAUACAUUGUAUGUGUUUGUAAAUAAUCAUAGCAUGAGAAAUUUGGAUUCCAUCCAUGCGGAGAAGGAGGAGAAUUUGAAAGUUUGGUUUUAGAUUGUCCAUUGUAUAAAAAAAGAAUAUAGAUGUACUAUGAUAAUUUAAUUAUUUAGAAAUGAAAGUGAGGUUGUUUGCCAUGAAAAUAAUUCUGUUGCCCCUGUGUAUUAUUUAUUAAUAAAAAGUUAUUCAUUAAUUGAAAAAGAUUGA